GAAGAGAUGUAGGAAUUCUGUGCCCAGCGCUCACCCAUACUGUAACUUCCAAGGGAGCGCUGGGAGCACCAGGACCUGAUCGGACUGGGUUUUCCUGCUCUGGGGCCUGGGUGGCAGAGAAGAAGGCGCCUAGGCCGCCUUAAAUGGUCUCCGGAGCCCUCUUCCUGUCUGGCUGGCUGGCUGGCUGGCUGGCUGGCUUGCAGCACCGAGGCGUGGGAUUGCAGGGAUAGUGAGUUCCCAGCCUAGGCAGCGGCAUCGCGUCCCAGGUGGCAAGGAGGGUGGCUGGAGGGCUUGGUCUGUCGGCGGGCAGCAAGAGCUGGGUGCGCGCGAGGCAUAGGCGGACGGCGGCCGUUGGGCACGACGCUGGUUCCCAGGGGAUAGCCUGGCCGCCCCCGCCGCCGCCAUGCAGGCUCAGAGCAGCAGGGCCAGCCUGACAAAGCCAGGCUCGGGGACCACCAUGAAUGCCCCAAACACCAGGGCAUCCUCAGGGAACUUGCAACAACAGCAGCUUACAGGACUCCCAGGGCAAUCUGCAGCUGCGGUGCAAGCCUCACGCUCAGGGCAGGGCUCACGAUCAAGGCAGAGCUCACGCUCAGGGCAGCCCACACGCUCGGCGAAUCCAGCACCCAGUACGCCGCAGCCUGCAGUCGCAAGGGCGCAGCCUGCAGUCUCAAAGACGCCCCCAGGAAAGCAACAGCAGGUGACCCAGAGCGCAGGGGAGAAGGCCGCCAUCCAAAAGCGUGCUGAAGAACAGGCCAAAGUCCCGUUCAAAUUCAGGGACAGCUUCAAGCAGUUUUUCUUCUUGCCCACGGGAGUGUUGAAGAUCCUGAGGGUGGAUCUUAUCAACAGUUUCAUUACAGCUGUGUUCCUUCUAAUAGUUGCCAUCUUGGCGAUGCAAGAAAUGGAAAGAAGGCAUUUAUUCUAUGUUGGAGGGUCCCUGUGUCUCACCGCGGCAAUCAGCAAUCGUGUGUAUCUUCGAUGGGACUCUGGUUGCCAAGUUGGUGAGGAAUACGGUGAAAAGUGUUCUGGGAAUCGAACUUGAAUGUCUUCCAGCCCGCGGAACCCACCGCACGGGCACCAGCAAAAGCACCCGCGCGGGCACGGGCACCGGCACAAGCACCUGCAGCCACGCCAGCCAAACCACCCCAGCCAGCGCAGGGGCCCGCCAAACCACCCCAGUCCGCACCGUCGCCGGGACCCGCCUCCAGGCGCCCAUCCUCCCGGGCAUCCUCGGACCAAGGGCACCGUUCAAGACCAAGGCUGAACCUUCAAAGGGGGCAUCCUCGCGGACAUAAGCGUCUGUGCCUCAUCCCUCCGGGUAAUCCCACCACUGAGCUUGCAUAUGCUGUCACCCAUUCUGGCCCACAGGCGAUCAUAAAAUCAGAGCUACUAAA